GUCGUUACUCAUCGCUCAAACUAAGCAGUUGGCAUCGCAUUUAAUUCUUAUUUAUAUAUACUAAUCGUACAUAAUUUUAAAAUGUUAGACGUGGAGGUGCGCAAGCUUAUGCAACCGUUUGUGUUGAGCGAUUACCAGAUGCAGGAGGUGUACACACGCUUUGGCAGCGAGAUUGCCAAGGGUCUAAAACGUUCAACGCAAGCGCAGGCGAAUACGAAAUGCUGGCCCACCUAUGUGCAGGAUUUGCCGACAGGCGAUGAGAUGGGCAAGUACUUGGCAUUGGACUUGGGCGGCACUAACUUUCGUGUGCUGCUUGUAACGCUCAAGGGGCAUCAUGAUGCCAGCGUGGAUUCGCAAAUCUAUGCGGUGCCCAAGGAUCUGAUGGUGGGUCCAGGCGUGGAUCUCUUUGAUCACAUAGCCGAGUGUCUAGCGAAGUUUGUGGCCAAGCAUGAUAUGCGUAAUGCUUAUUUGCCGCUGGGCUUCACCUUUAGCUUUCCCUGCGAGCAGGUGGGUCUCAAGGAGGCCAUGCUAACACGAUGGACCAAGGGCUUCGACUGUGCGGGCGUCGAAGGCGAGGAUGUGGGUCGUCUGCUGCAUGAGGCUAUACAACGUCGUGACGAUGUGGAGAUUGAUGUUGUGGGCAUUUUAAAUGAUACCACUGGUACGCUUAUGUCCUGCGCUCAUCGUAAUCCCGACUGUCGCGUAGGCGUCAUUGUGGGCACGGGCUGCAAUGCCUGCUAUGUAGAGCACGUGGACAAUGUGGAGCUGAUGGAUCCGGCGUACAAGCGCAAACAGAAGCAGGUCAUCAUUAACAUUGAGUGGGGCGCCUUUGGCGAGAGUGGACAGUUGGAUUUUGUGCGCACGGAGCAUGAUCGCAAAAUAGAUGAGAAGUCUAUUAAUCGCUCGGAGCAGCUAUUUGAAAAGAUGACCUCAGGCAUGUAUCUGGGCGAGCUAGUGCGUCUGGUGCUUGUGCAAGCGCUGGAGCAGAAUGUCAUAUUCAAACUGAGCUCGAAGCGGCAAGAGUAUGCUGACAUCUUGCGCAACAAUGUGGACAUCUUUGAGACCAAGCACAUGUCGGAGAUAGAGGACGAUACGUUUCCAGAGUUUGCCAACACCAGGCGCAUUGUGAAGCAGCUCUUUGGGCUGGAGAAGGCUGCCGUGGAAGACUGCCAGAAGCUCAAAUACAUUUGCGAAUGCGUGGCCAGGCGUGCCGGCACUUUGGUUGCCAUUGGUGUUAGUGGUUUGAUCAAUAGAAUCAGUGAUCGUCGCGUUGUAGUUGGUAUUGAUGGCUCUGUCUAUAGAUAUCACCCAAAAUUCGAUGCCUACAUACGAGAAACUAUGCACAAGCUCGUCAAGUCCGAUAAGGAGUUUGAUAUUAUGUUGUCAGAAGAUGGCUCUGGGCGCGGUGCGGCGCUUGUUGCCGCCGUUGCCAGCAAAACCAAGUAAACUUGCUACGUUCAUGUAGCAAUUAAUAGCCUUAAUAAAUUUUGUUUUAUUAUUACAAA